AUGUAUCACGAUGUGGUAGUAGCAACUACCAAAAUGAACUGCCUUCUUGGUCUCGUUAGGAUUAUUUUGGCCUUAUUGAACCUCCUUCUCUUCAUUGCUUUCGCAGCUGUUGGGAUUGUGGGCUUAUUGUUAAAGUUUAACGACAAAUUUCUUUUUGGGUUGUUAGAAAAAGUCACCACCAAAUGGCCACAGAAUGAGUUGGAGGAGGUGGUCAAAUUUAUUCAACAAAAUGGAUCUGGACUUGCGAUUGGUUUUAUUGUGCUUGGCUUUUCCGUGGCCAUAAUCGCUCUCAUCGGUCUUUUUGCUCUCUUCUGCAAGAAUCGCUUCCUUGGAUUCAUUUAUAUUGCUCUUCUUGGAGUUCUCGCAAUAAUUGAAUUGGGUCUCAUCAUCUACCUCUUCGCAAUACCCAACAACUUGAACAAGGCAGCUUUUAAGGUGCUCAACAGCUCCUUCGAACACCUUCGAGUGAAUGACAGUCUAACUGAGCCGUCCUUAGUCCUUUGGAAUGUAUUGGGCUCGGAUGGUGACGAAUUUUGCUGCGGUUUGAAUGGAUACGGGGACUUCAAUGGAAUCCUAAGCACCCUUCAAUAUCCAUCCCCCUGUUGCGAAAUGAAUGCUACCACUGCGAAAAGUCAACAACCAUCUCAAACCUGUGAUCAAAAUGGCGCAAAACAAAAGAAUGUUGAAGGGUGUAAAGAGAAGAUUGAGGUAUUUUUGAAGGAACACAAGACCCUCUUCGUUGGAAUCAGCUGUGGUGUCUUAGCUUUUCAGGUGGGGACCUCAACAAUUGCAUUUCUUUUACCGCCUUUUAGUGCAUCCCUUGACAAUACACGUUUUGCAUUUACACUAACUUGUAUUUACACUUUACUGCAUAUUGUCGUCCUCCUUGUAAUGUGUCUUCUGUAUAAGAGGUGGAAAGUGGAGUAA